AUGAGGAGGCGAGGCGAGGCGAGACGAGACGAGGCGUGGUGGGGUGAUGACGGCAGCGGCGGCGGGAUCAAUGGACGUUGGCGGAGGAGAGAGAGGGGUCUGGACACUGGGAUGAUGGUAGCAGCGGCUGGGCGUGGAGAAGGCGGAACUUCGCGGCCGACGGAAGAAGACGCCCCUCCAGAUGGCGUCGUGCAACCUUUCACACCUCGCCGUACUCCUCGAGGAAGCGGUUGUGGUGGAGGAAUGCGGUGA